CCACAGCAGGAUUGGACACGGCACCGCGCUCUGCGCACCAGGAUUUCCACGUGUGGAUUGGACACGGCACCGCGCUCUGCGCACCAGGAUUUCCACGUGUGGAUUGGACACGGCACCACGCUCUGCGCACCAGGAUUUCCACAGCCGGAUUGGACACGGCACCGCGCUCUGUGCACCAGGAUUUCCACAGCAGGAUUGGACACGGCACCGCGCUCUGCGCACCAGGAUUUCCAGCGGACACAGCGUCACUACGGGACCCCAGCCCUCCGGGACUCCAAUCCCUCGGGACCCCCAGCCACCCGGGACGCGCUGUCCCUGGAUCCCCCAGCCUUCCGGGACCCCCGAGCCCCCCGGACACGCUGUCCCCGGAUCCCCAGCCCCCCGGGACCCCCGUUCCCCGGACCCGCUGUCCCCGUUCCCUCCCGCCGCGCUCUUCACGUCCUUCCGCCGCCGCCUUCAAACCCGCCCCUCGGUUGGCACGCGCCGCCCGCCCAUUGGUCCCCGCUGCGGACGGCCCCGCCCCCACCCGGCUGCCGCCCUCCCCGCCGCGCUUACGCUGUUUCUCAUUGGCCAGCCACGCCGCCUGCCUGGCGGGCGGGGCGGGAGCUCAGCGCUGAUUGGCUGCCGGGCGCAGUGGGCGUUCGAGCGCGUGCGGGGCGGCGGCGAUCGGGCUAGACGGUUGUUGUGCGGGGGCGUUGUGAGGGGACACGGUGGUUCCCGGGGUGCGGACGGGCCGGGCCGGGGGUCGCCCUGCCGAGCAGAGAGCGGCCGUGCGGGCAGGGAGUGCGGGAAGGGGAGCGGCGGGGCUGGCGCCUCCGGCUUGUCAGGGGGAAGCUGAGGCAGCGCGGGCAGCGUGUGAACUCAGACAGGCUGCAGGUUCAAUGAGCCGCAGCGCUGGUGGAACGAUGAGUCUCUUGCAGAGCUCACGGGUGGACCUGGCGUUCAGUAAGAAUUCUCUUAAAGCCUUUCAUUUCUUUUGUGGCUAUUGCUGCUUUACGUGAAGCACCUGAUUCCAUUGGAGGCCCUGUGUGCGCAGGGGCACUUCUGCAGCGGCACCGGCGUCAGUGCCAGCGGCCGGGGCUCCUGCCCAGGGACACGGGCUCGUCCCGCCCCGCGCUGGGCAGGACACGGUGCGGCCUGCCGCGCUGGCACGGGACACACGGCGAAGAGAAUAGCAGUGAGUACGUACUUUAUCAAGAGAGUCUUGACAGUUAAUGAUGAAUCCUACUCCAGCUGUUGCCUUGUCAUGAUUUCUGGAAACCCUGGCUGUCUGUCUCUUCCCCUUUUCUGGUAAAGUUGUGGAUUUCUUGCCAGUAUGUUACAAUCAGGUGUUGAUUCUGGAGAUGUUGAACAUGCCCGAGGAAAGCUGUAAAUACAGUGAAACUGGUGAUUUGUAAAGUACAGCGACACGGACUGCAUCUCUGGUUUUCAGUACUUUGUUCUGAGUGGCAUUUGGGAAACGUAAAACAGGAAAAGCCAGCUGCAAGAAUUCGAAACUGGCUACAGGGUUAUGUUGUGGGUUUUUUUUAACAAAUUUAAUUAGACUCUGGAAAUAUAUUUUUUACCUUUGUAGCAUCUAUAAAAUUAACAAGAUUUGCAGAAACUGUUGUCAGCUGUAAUAGGAAAAAAAGCAAAAGUAACUUUGCCUUUGGUUCAGAGGCGGUAUUUCAGAACCAGAAAUGGAGAUGAAGCUUUGCGUGGGAGGGAGAUCAGCUCGGCACUGGGGAAGCUCCUUUUCCCUGGGUUUCCUGCAGCACAGACUCGGGCGUGGAUUCCAGAGAUUCUAAAAGGUCAGUUUAUCUGCCAGGCCCAGUGUAGAGCAGCUCGAGCUGCUGCUCCUGCAGAGGGACCGGAGCAGGAAGAGUCCCGGGCAGCUCUGCCCGCACGGCCCCGUCAGCCCAGGUUCUGGUGUUGGGUUGGUGUUCUGCACCCGCAGCUCUGGGUGAGACCCGGCCGGACGCGGUUCUGUCCCCUCGCGGUGUGACGGACGCGGCUCCGCUCCCGGGGACACGUCGGUACCUGUGACCCAGAGCUGGGCACGGCUCCGCGCUGGGACGCCUGUGCUGGGCACCAGCAGCACCUCAGACCACUGCCAACGAGACGCCUUUUCCACUGUCGUCUCGCGGGGGUGGGGGAGUGAGGAUAAAAGUGACAAAAGCAGCUGGAUAGUUCAACUUGUUUCAGAAAAGCCCCAACAUUCCAAAGCCAACCGCAAAGCCAAACAUAUCCCUGUGCAUGCGAGUUUUUCAGGCAGUUCUGGUGGACUGGAGAGUCUUUUAAAAAAAUGCAGUAAAGGCAGCAAGCAUGGGGACCAGCAGCCAGUAACAGCAGUGAGGCAAGUGUUGAUCGGUUAAAUCAGCUCGUCUCACGUUCUGAUAAUGCUCUGUUAACUUUCCAGCUGCCCGGCAUCCCGCCCAUCGGCUGCGGCAGCUCGGCCAGCUGUGCUCGUGUCUUUGGCUGGGGUUUGCUUGUUUGGUUUUGGUUGUUGUUUGUCGUGUGUGGGUUGUUUGUUUGUUUAACCAGGACUCAAAAUGAAUGGGGCAAAAGAGAAGAAGGAGAACUGGAAAGAGCAGGCCAGGCCGGAUAGACGCUUAGAAAUAAAUAUUUAGGGGUGGCAAUGGCACUUGCCACAGUAAUUAUCCACAUUUCCUACAGGUCUAUUCUAAUUAUAUACUAAUAAUUUAUCAAUUUCUUUCAAUAAUUUCAUGAAGAAAUAUGUUCAGAAAAUAUUUUAUUCUGAAAAAAUAUUCUAUAUUCGGGUAGUAUUUUCCUGCCCGCAAAGAAAAGCUGCUCUUACAGUUCAUCUUAUGAUUGUCUGGCUGAAAGACACGAUUUACAUACAAGUUUCCAGCAAAGCACAACAAGCCACAAUAAGUCACUGUUAGGGAACAGGCUGCCUUAGCUUAUCUAAUUACUGAGUAUACGGCUUCGUACAGAGCCUGGUUAUUAACGGCUGGUGUAGAACUCGCUCAGCAUAAGGGAGUUUGCCCAGCGCAGCGGUGAGCUGAGAACCCGCAGCCUUCUGUUUGUGAAGGACAAAGGGCUCAGAGCGCUCCGGACAGGGAGCUGCCGAGAGGGGAGCAGGACGGGCCUGACGGGACGGGACGGGACACACAGGGCUGGCGUGGAACCGCAAAUAACUUUUGAUCUGCAGCUGCAAAACAGGAACUUGCAGGUCAGGACUUGGACCGACGGCCCCAUCUGAGGAGAAUGAGAGAGAGAUUCCAUGGAGCAGGGAGAGCCCCGGCUCUAGUGGUUGUGCUAACACGAAUCAGCUUUGACCAGACCGAUUUUGAUAAGAAGAGAAACCUUUUAGGAACUAUUUAUAUAAUUGUAAAUAUUUUUUGAAAUAAGUUGUUUGGCAAUACAAAAACUAUGUUUUAACCUUAAAAAAUAGGUUUUCUGGUAACAUUUUGGCUACUUGAUAUUUCCAUUUGUUUCAUGGAUGAGAAUGUAAGACAGAGCUGCUGACCAGGACAAAACAAAGGGGUUUUUGUGGUGUGAUGACUUCCCGCUGUCCAACCUCAGGCUCUGCUGUGCAGAACCUCGCUGGGCUCCCCCGGCCCUCAGCGUCGCACACGGACACAAAGGGGAGAAAGCAGCUGGUUUGGGGACAGAAACGGAGAUGAAGUUUCUGUUCCUGGCCUGAAAACAGGCUCAUGUGGCCGACUUUGGGGCUCGGGAACAGGUUGAGUUGUGCGGCUUUGGGCUCAGAAAUAGAGGUCAAAUCCUGUGGUUUGGGACUGGAGAGCAGGCUCAGCAGCCGGGUUUGGGCUCAGAAACGGGCACUAAGUGAGCUGGUUUGGGGCCAAAAGCAGCAGCUUACACUCCUUAGAACAGUUAACUAAUCAAUCAUACAAACUCAGUAAUAUUUUUACAAUGUACAAUGAUGAUGUUUAAUCCCAAUAUUCAGUUUUUCGCAGCAAUUGGUUUAACAACCUUGUCAAAAGCCCGGACUGUUGGAAGCAGCUGGAGCUUGUCAGGGGAAUUAUAGAAUCAUUUGGUUUGGAAGAGACCCUCAGGAUCAUGGAGACCAACCCUAACCCACCCCAGCACUGCCCCCUGUCCUGAGAACCUCCUGUCCGUCUGUCCAGCCCUCCAGGGCUGGUGACUCCAGCACUGCCCUGGGCAGCCUGUUCCAAUGCCCCACAGCCCUUUGGGGAAGAAAUUGUUCCCACAUCCAACCUCAACCUCCCCUGGCGCAACUUGAGGCCGUUUCCUCUGCUCCUGGCGCUUGUUCCUGGGGAGCAGAGCCCGACCCCCCUGGCUCCAAGCUCCUUUCAGGCAGUUCAGAGAUCAGAAGGUCUCCCCUCAGCUCCUGUUCUCCAGCUGAACCCCCAGGUCCCUCAGCCGCUCCAUCACACUUGUGCUCCAACCCCUCACCAGCUCCGCUCCCUUCUCUCCACUCGCUCCAGCACCUCAAGGGAUGUCCUGCAGUGAUGGGCCCAAAACUGACCCCAGGAUUCAAGGUAUAACACAGUAUUCAAGAAGUACUGUUGAGCCUGACGCCAGCUCUUGCUCAGUUAGAAACAACCCAAGGUCUACUUCUCUGCACAGCUCUGUGUUUCCUCUUCAGAUUCUGUCAUGAGGAGUCCCCAGAGCUUCUCUCUGAGGACCUCCCUGGGUCUGAAUAACCGAGGAACAUCUCUGUAUCUGCCCAGAACCCAGGGAUGGCGGCACGCUGCUUUGGCGGCCCUGCCGGAGAACAAGCUCACCUGGGUGCUCGCAGGUCACCCGAGGCCUCUGCUAUGAGGCGGUUCACGACACCACCGGGCAAGCAGCCGUCCUCUCCCUGCAAGGCACGCUCCAGCUCCCGGUGUGUGUCCACCCGGUCGCCCUGGGGACAGACCACAAAGGGCAGCGAUGGGACUCGCUUUGCCCUCGUUCCCAGGGAGCCACCAGGGACCCACUGUCCUCCAAACCAUCUGUGGGACACGGGCACGAGGCACGGGCUGCAGGCAUCGCGUCGGGAGAGCCACGGGCAACGGCAAGAUCUUCUGCGGCAGCUCUGAGACAAGCAGAGAGCCAGGGCGGGACACGGACCCCACGAGGGGAAGAGGCCGUGGGGGUCACUCCUGAGGACGGGGAAGGUGGCGGUCAGACGGAAGGUGCCAGGCGGGCAAGGGGAGGGCGUGGGGACCAGCCCCUGCCCCGAGGAGGAGAAGCCAUGAGCACCCUGCACCCGGUGUCGCUCCUCGCACAGGCAGGAGCCCCGCGCUGCUGGGACAGCUCCAAACCAAAGCUCAGGAGGGGCCUUGGGUAGCUGGGGAAGGGCGCUGGGGAGAAGCUGGGGCUGACGGCAGAGGCCCUGCCCUGCCCGGGAGAGAGCUGAGAGCUCCUGGGGACAGGAGGGAGGCAGCAGCGACAUUAGUCCCACCUGAGCGGCAGGAUCAGCGCUUGGGGACACAGCUUGCGGGGCAGAGAUGGCGUCAGACAAGAUCCCUCCUCUGCCGUGGAACCUCUUGUGUUUGAACCCAUUACCCCUUGUCCUCAUUGGUUGUCACCAGAAGAGCCUGGCUCCAUCCUCCUCACACUCACCCUUUCCAUAUUGAUCCCCAUGAGUGAGUCCCCCCUCAGUCUCCUCUUGUCCAGCUCCAGAGCCCCAGCUCCCUCAGCCUUUCCUCACACGGGAGAUGCUCCACUCCCUCCAGCAUCUUGGUGGCUGCGCUGGACUCUCUCCAGCAGUUCCCUGUCCUGCUGGAACUGAGGGGCCACAGCUGGACACAAUAUUCCAGGUGUGGUCUCCCCAGGGCAGAGCAGAGGGGCAGGAGAACCUCUCUGACCUACUGACCACCCCCUUCUAACCCACCCCAGGUACCAUUGGCUUCCUGGCCACAAGGGCCCAGUGCUGGCUCAUGGUCACCCUGCUGUCCCCAGGACCCCCAGGUCCCUUUCCCCUACGCUGCUCUCUAAUAGGUCAUUCCCCAACUUACACUGAACCUGGGGUUGUUCCUGCCCAGAUUCAAGACUCUGCACUUGCCCUUGUUCUAUUUCAUUAAAUGUUUCCCCACCCAGAUUUGCCCAGACUAGAUGAUCUUUCGAGGUCCCUUCCAAUCUCUAACAUUGGGGGGGUGGGGGGGGCCGGUGCCGGGCGCGGGGGGGGAGGGGGCGGUGGCGGACGCGGACGGGAUUGGCUCCUGCGCGGGAUGGGCGGGGCCACGCUGCAGAAGCGCGCGGGCCGAGGAGCGCGUGCCGGCGGUGCGGCGGCGGGAGCAGCGCGCGAGGAGCGGCGGGGCCGGCGAAGAGGCGGUUGACCUGCAAUUCCAGAGCGAGGAGAAGCAGAACUUGGCAUGGCCUCUGAAAUCCUCCUUUAAUCUGGGCUCAGGUUCAGAAUACUGGGAAUUCCAAGCUUCAAGUUUCCUGUGGAACGUUGCGGGAGACCUCGAUAACGUGGCACUGAGGGAGCACCUGACCGAACGGAGGAGCAAGUGGACGGGAAGCUCCUGCGCCACACACAGAUCACAUUUAUCGCUCUCGCCCUCAGAGACCCGGAGAUCCAAACCGUUCGCAUGGUGCCUUGAAGCAGCCUGUGCUCAUGCGCUUCUCCAGGGGGAAGGCGGAAUGGCAGUGACUGGCCACGUGGAGCCACAGGGUGCACACUCUGCAGCUGUCAAGCCCAGCUCUGCGUCAGCUCACACCUGCGGUUUUGCGCCGCACGCGCGGAUUUGAGUUGUCGCUGGUUGUUGCAGCGUUUGGCUUUGGUGAGGACAGCGUGUGUUUGUCAGCAGUUGGUGUAGGUGGAAUCUGGAGGAGAAAGCGAUAUUUCCGUGCCAGAACUGGUUGGUGUUUGCAUGGUAUUGUGGCGGUUGUUCCCGCAGGCGAUCAGUGCUGGAGUGUUAUUGCAGGAAAGGGGAUUUUGGAGCUUGUCUGUGAGGUGCACCAGAGGCAGCAGCUGAAAGCGAAAGGCUGAGAUUUGGAGGGUUUGUGGGUGGUUUUGGGCGGUUGUCAGUUGAAGAGUUGGCUGUUUGCAGGUGAGGUGUAGGGCAGAGGGUGAAGCUGACCUUGCCUGGGCGGCGCAACUGGCUGGGUGUGCAGAGCUGAGGAGAGCGGGCUGCUGCGGGUGACCCUAAAGCUGGAGAACCGGCCGGCAGCUCCAGAGGCUCCCGCUGCCGGGCAGGGCCGUGCAGGCCAGUGCCCUGGGGCACAGCGACGUGACCUCCGCAAGGACCAAAGAGCAGGUGAGGGCCGUGGGCAUUUGUACUGAGCUGUGACAUCUCUAACCUGUGACAUUGGGGUCCAGCAAGUACCAAAGAGCAGGUGAGGGCCGUGGGCGUUUGUACUGAGCUGUGACAUCUCUAACCUGUGACAUUGGGGUCCAGCAAGUACCAAAGAGCAGGCGAGGACCGUGGGCAUUUGUACUGAGCUGUGACAUCUCUAACCUGUGACAUUGGGGUCCAGCAAGUACCAAAGAGCAGGUGAGGGCCGUGGGCAUUUGUACUGAGCUGUGACAUCUCUGACCCGUGACAUUGGGGUCCAGCAAGUACCAAAGAGCAGGUGAGGACCGUGGGCAUUUGUACUGAGCUGUGACAUCUCUAACCGGUGACAUUGGGGUCCAGCAAGUACCAAAGAGCAGGUGAGGACCGUGGGCAUUUGUACUGAGCUGUGACAUCUCUGACCCGUGACAUUGGGGUCCAGCAAGUACCAAAGAGCAGGUGAGGACCGUGGGCGUUUGUACUGAGCUGUGACAUCUCUAACCCGUGACAUUGGGGUCCAGCAAGUACCAAAGAGCAGGUGAGGACCGUGGGCGUUUGUACUGAGCUGUGACAUCUCUAACCGGUGACAUUGGGGUCCAGCAAGGACCAAAGAGCAGGUGAGGACCGUGGGCGUUUGUACUGAGCUGUGACAUCUCUAACCCGUGACAUUGGGGUCCAGCAAGUACCAAAGAGCAGGUGAGGACCGUGGGCGUUUGUACUGAGCUGUGACAUCUCUAAGGCGUGUGCGAGGGGCUGGGGCCAAGGCAAGGUGGAGCAGCGUGCAAAGGAAAAAGGAAGCAGAGGAAGACGGUGAGCCUGCGAGGAAGAGUGUAGCGAGUCGGGCGUGGACUCACGGGGAGCAGCGUGCAAAGGAAAAGCGAGGAAGGAGGCAGAGUGAUGGAUACAGAGGGUUGGAGCGCACCUGCCGGUCAGGAGGGAUCAGGGAAGAAGACACCGGUGGUGGAACCGCAGGUCAGGAGAGCUCAAGGAGGGAGAAAGGUGACUGUGGCCAUAUGGGUUUUUCUAGCUCACACACCAAUGAAAACAGUUUGGAUAAUAAAAGAAAUGUAUGCAAAACCGAUAAGUAAAGGCAGAGAAUGUUUAUAUGCGAUGUAUGGGAUAGACCUGAAGGUGUAUUUAUUCCUACGACAAAGGAGAAUUUGCAAUGGUAAUUAACUGAGGAUGUGAAUUUCCAGAUUGCAUUGGCAACAUACGCGGGGAACAUAUCAGUUUAUUACCCUCAACAUAAAGUGUGGGCUGAAACUGGUAAUUUACCGUUGUGCAGCAAACGCUGCUGUCAGCAACGACCAGUAAGUGACAAGACUGUAAUUACUGAUGGCUCUGGUCGCUCACGUGAGUUGUAAUGACGUGGCUGAACUCAGAUACCCAGUGCUGCAAACACAAGGUAGAGAAAGAGACCAAGGGUCCAACAAGUUCCUGAGCUGACAGCUGUUGGGAUCGCUGUGAGGUGUUCUGUGACAAACCUUGGAAUGUUGGAACUGGCUCAUAUUUUGCAGCUGGCGUACUUAACCGCCUGGAAGCUUCUUUUCUUAAGGAAGAGGAUAAUCCUCUUUCGAUGGCUGAAUUGAGAAUGCUAUGGUUUCUAAUAAAUCACAGACAUCAUGGUUUUUAUGCAAUGCACACCCGCUCUCGCACGGCCCUUCCAGGACCUCUUGCGGAAGGCAAUAGGAGGGCCGAUGCACAAGCUGUGCUGCUCUCUGUGCCUGAAGCCUUGCAGCAAGCUAAAUGAUCACAUGAAUCCUUUCACCAGAGUGCAAAGGCGUUAAAACGACAAUUUCAAAUGACAGUGGAUCAGGCCAGGAGCGUUCUUAUGUCCUGCCCUGACUGCCAGCAGUCGGCACCCGUGCCGUGCACAGAGGGUGUGAAUGCAGGAGGGAUUGCUGCCAGUGAAGUACGGCCAGCUGGGGUAACGCGUUGUUCUGAAUGGGGUAAAUACGUACGUGUUUCUGUACGCGCUCAUUCCGGAUUUCUCGUUGCUGCUGCACACGCUGGUGAAAGAGCACGAGACGUCUGUGACGUUGGUUGACAUGUUUACGGUUUGAGGAGUUCCACGAUAUGUAAAACCAGAGGAAAGCGGAACGCACGCUGGAUUAGAGGAGCGAUCCCCCGAGUGCCCAGCGCGCUGUAAUAGAAGUGCCUGCUGUUUAACACUUUCAAAACAGUGAUAGCGAGUCUGUUUGCCGACUUUCCGGUAUCAUGUUCUGGUGACGAGGAUGGGAUGAUCUGCCUGACCUGCCGUGGUCCCCAGGGUCUCUGGGACCUUGUGCCGGCACCGGGGAGUUCCCGGAAGGGACCACGGAUCCUGGGACCAGCUCGGACGCGGGUGAAACCCCAUCAGUGAGAUGAGGCGCUUUCACUGUCUGGUUGGGCUGGCACGCUGCCUGCGCGAGACGUGGGCGACACGGCGCGUGGGGUCUGCGCGUUCGCGUCUGCGCGUUUGGGUAAACCGGGGAACUUCAAAAGAAAUAAAAAAUUAAAGAGGAAAAUGAGAAAACUAUAAAUAAAAGAAAACACGAGGGAACAGUAAUUUGGUAAAGGUACCUGUAGUGAUUUUGCUGUUUUUGCCUUAGCGAUUGUAGGAUUGUGUCCUCAGUGAAAUGUUGUUGUUGUUACUUGUGUCUUGGGUGAUUUUAUAGUCCAGUACUUACAGUUCUCCAAUUGUCUGUUACUGUGAUUGUGAAACAGGUGGUGGUACAACUGACAGGAGGGAUUUGGAAGAAAUUCCCCCCGGUUGUAUUUUGUGACACUGGAAAAGGAUCGUUUGACUCGCUGGGGAACAGCAACCAGGGGAAUCUGAUUGAAUAUUGUAAUUAAUGGUGGCCACUGUAAAUAAUAUUAACAUGCUGCACAGGUCUAGGUGGGUAUACUUUGAGAUGUGUAGUAUAGUACCGCACUACAUGUAAUAUAUAAUAAGAUACAUAUUUUAAAUCACAUAUUGCUUAUUACAUAAUGUGUAUUACACAAUACAUAAUGUUACAUAUGCAUUGUAUUUAUCCCCGUCAGAUCCAUUUGUUUUGAAAAAGGAUAAUCAGAAGUUGAAACCAGUAAAAGGUUUGUUGAAGAGCAGCUAUUGGUGUAGAGUACACAGAGCACACGGGAUCAGAACUGUCCCGCGGUCGGUCCAGGGUGGCAUCCUGAUGUCCUUACAUCGGGGACAGGCUGCAUUGCUAUGGACGGUGCAUUUCAUACGGGAUUAGACGCGCUGUGCCUAAAGCUGUAAAUACGCCAAAACCUUCUGAGAUUAAACAGGAUCGUGAGGAGUCUCCCACUGAGUUUUUACACCGUCUUAAACCGACAGCUCAGAAAUAUAUUAAUAUAGGUCCUGACUUGGAGAACAGAGAAAUAGAAUUCUUAGUUGACUGGGUGCUCAUUAUUCUGUGUUAAACACUGUGCAGGGAAUAUUAAGUAGCGAUUCUGUAACAGUUAUGGGUGCCACAAAAACUGCAAAACACGGCCCUUUAACCCGCUGCUUAGAAUGUUUGUGUGUGGAGUCUGGUACUUAUUGAUUGUGUGCCGUGUGUCUUCUCUUGUGCACAACGAAUGGUUGACAGAAGCUUUAGUGGUGCAGUGGCUGUGCAGUUACACGCUGCUGUGGCUGCAGUUGUUGAACAAAGAAGGGGAGAUGUGGCCGGGUUGUGACAUCAGUUGUGAGAAACUGCAAGAGUCACAGCGUGAGAACAAGCGCUGGUGGAACAACACAAGCAGCAAGGACUGUGUGGGACAUGAACUGUCAGGGACAGAGGGACUGAUACGGGAUCGGUACAUCAGGGACAGGGAUUGAUACGGGAUCGGUACAUCAGGGACAGAGGGAUUGAUACGGGAUUGGUACAUCAGGGACAGGGAUUGAUACGGGAUUGGGACAUCAGGGACAGGGAUUGAUAUGGGAUCGGUACAUCAGGGACAGGGAUUGAUACGGGAUCGGUACAUCAGGGACAGAGGGAUUGAUACGGGAUUGGGACAUCAGGGACAGGGAUUGAUACAGGAUUGGGACAUCAGGGACAGGGAUUGAUAUGGGAUCGGUACAUCAGGGACAGAGGGAUUGAUACGGGAUCGGUACAUCAGGGACAGAGGGAUUGAUACGGGAUCGGUACAUCAGGGACAGGGAUUGAUAUGGGAUCGGUACAUCAGGGACAGGGAUUGAUACGGGAUCGGUACAUCAGGGACAGAGGGAUUGAUACGGGAUUGGUACAUCGGGAACAGAGGGAUUGAUACGGGAUUGGUACAUCAGGGACAAAGGGAUUGAUAAACAGGGACAGGGGUUGAUACGGGAUUGGUACAUGAGGGACAGAGGUUCGUGAUGUUUCAAAUGCAAACCUGAGUUUGUAUUAAAUGUCUCUUCGCAUCUCAAAGAGUGUCUGUGCCUCACUUGCUACACCCCUUUAUCUGUUUCCCAAAUUGCGAUUUAAACUGUAUUUACCAUUGUAAAAAUAAAGCUUUCCCCCCUUAAUUUUUGUCACAUAUUGUAAUUAGAAUUAAUAGACAUAUUGAAGCCCGUCCUAGCUGAACUGGAGAAAAGACAGCAGCCAUGUGUAUUUUUAAAUAAAGAGUAAAUCAAGUCUGCUA